UUGCACCUCUCGAACGAGCCUCUUAUAAUUCUUCCGAGAAGCCUGAUCACGUGAUCCAUAAUGCUUCCGCGAGUUUGUAGCCGUCAGCUGGACGAAUAUAACAGAUGUGUCUUAAGGUGUUUAAACAAAUUUCAAGAUGUCUGAACAUGGCGAUGGGGAUCCAGAGGCGAGUUCAUCUGCCAAUUUCAGACCACCAUUUGCUCCAGGUAGAGGACUGCCAGGCCGGAUAUCACUGAAUCCACCUCCACCUGGCAGACUGACCUCUCUGCGCUCCAGAGACCUGACCCUGGGUGGAUAUAAGAAGAAGACCUUUUUACCCAAUGUUCACUCUGUUCGCAAAACUAAAGAUGAGUUACAGGAGGAGACUCGCAUUCCACCAAAGAAAGAGAGGAGAGAGAGGGAAGAUAGACAAAGAGAGAGACGGCGACGAGAAAAGCCACAGACUAUUCAGUCUCACUCCAUCUUUGAGCAGGGCCCCGCAGACACUUACAGGAAACUCGGUAGUUGGGGUGGUUCUAGCCAAAGUGACUGUGACCCCACACUUGUCACAAAGUGCAUUAAAAAGGAGAAGAAGAAUACUGAGGAUGAUGAUAACGAAAUUUUACAAAAACUCCAACGAGAUGAUUUUUUGGAUGAUCCUGGAUUAAAAAAUGAUCCAAAGCAAAGACCAAUAAGACUUCCACUCCAUCAGUCAUGCAACUUUUUGUCAACAGAGGCAGCUAAUGCAUUUAAAGAAGACGCCGUGUCUGAUUAUGCACUGAAAUCAUCCAGAGCCGAGAACAAAAACCCACUUCAAGUGAGAGGUGCAUCCGUGUGCCCGCAGCAGCCAACAGUUGGAGAACUUUUCGAACAGCUAAGUGUUUCAGAUAAAGAAGAACUACUGUUUAUUCAGCUUCCUGAUACCAUGCCUGGUCAACCCAAAACCACCAGCCCAGAGAAGACGAGGAAGGAAGAUAACAAGCCUGAGGACAAACGCUCAUUGCAUGUUAAAGCACUGGAUCAGACUGAUAAGGCCACUAUGCCUCUAUUGUCCGACUUCUCAGAGGGUCUAAUCGGAAAACUUCAAAUUAGAAAGUCUGGGAAAGUCCAGCUGGUGAUGGGAAAUGUUACAUUAGAUGUCUCGGAAGGAGCCGCCUUCUCUUUCCUACAACAACUUGUUUGUGUGCGGCUGUCAGAAGGUCUGACUGGGGACAUGACCGUGCUGGGAAACAUCACACACAAGCUGGUGUGUUCCCCUGAUUUUGAGACUUUACUGCAGGAGGUCAAACUGCCAUCUGACCCCCACUCUGCCUCCAAGUCCUGAAUUUUAUUCCCAUUAUUUAACAUAUAAUGUAAAUAGCUUUCUUAAUGUUUUUUUUAAAUGUAAAGUUUUGUUUCCUGAGGUUAACAAAGUAUUGAAAAUUGCAAAUGGGUGUACAGUAAGCUAAUAUUCAACCUGUAAAUCUGAUGCCACUUGACUUGCAUUUAAAGGAAUAGUUCACACAAAAAUAGCUACUCACCUGCAUAUCGAUUGCUUACUUGGUAAGAUAUCUUGGAAGAAUCUCCAAUCUGUUCUUUGCUAUACACCAUAUAUUGGGUAAAAAGUGAUAUGUAAGUUAAUAAAAGUAGCCCAUACAACUCAUGCACUAUAUUCCAGGCCGGUAGCUGUGAGUGCAAAACAUAAAGAAAUUGUUAUUCUGUAAAACGUUUCCCCUCUGCCAUAGCUCUCAAAUCUCUGUGCUUUUUAGAGCUGUCGAAAUUAACGUGUUAAUGCAUGCGAUUAAUUAAAAAUGUUUAAUGCGUUCAUUUUUCUUUUACGUGAUUAAUGCAUUUACCAAUUUGACAUUAGUUUUUGACAUUUUAUUCAGCUCCGUGUGAGUUCUGAACACUGGUUGGAGUAGGGCGUAACCUUUGCGAUGUGUCCGGGGUGAUUACAACACUGACGCACACAACAGUGAUUCUGUGUCAAUGAUCAAGUGAUGGAGAAAGGACAUUUAAUAAUAAUUUUUGUAAAAACAAACUCGGAUGGGACUUGUGAUUCAUAUGACGUGCUGGAGUGAAGCAUUAGCAUUUUCCUGGUGUCAUGAUGCGCUUCCGUCUAACCGGACAAUUCUGAUGAAGUAUUGUAGUGUCAGCGCUAAAAGCAAAACAAAAUGUUCUCUGCAAGCGCUUUUCAUGUGGAGUUCAGAGCAGCGCAAAUCAUGAUACUUGAAUUGGUGCAAUUUUAGUGCAUUUCUAUCUUUAUACUGUGCAAUGCUUUGUUUGGAAAAUGUUAAUAAAACAUAUUGUUUUGCUUUCUUUCCUGAAAAGGAAAUGAAUGCAUUUUGACAGGGAAAAAGUAUGUAUUAAAUAUAAUUUCAGCACUUUAAAAUAUGCGAUUAAUCACAAUUAACUAUGAAAAAUCAUGCGAUUCAUCGCAAUUAAAUAUUUUAAUCAACUGAAGGCACUAGUGCUUAUACAUUUUCAAAUUUAGCAUGUAAAGACUCAUCCCAUCAAGCUUUGACCUCAAUGAUGAUAAAUGAACACCACUGGUUCUCAAAUUAUUUGCAAAACACAAAAACACAAAGUUUAAAUAAUCAGAAACACGAAUAAGAUUUGAGAGCUACAGCAGCCCGGGACAAUUUUCAGUGAAAUUUUCCUUCAAAAUAUCAGCUUUUGUGUCCCACCGAAGAAAAUAAUAUGGGUUAGGAACAAUAUGAGAGAGACUAAACAGUAUUUUUAUUUUUGGGUGAGCUUUUCCUUUAACCUUUGAAAGCACAGACUUUGCACACUAUAUGAUAUUCAGUGUGGGGUUGUAUAGUAUGAUGUUUUAAAUACUUGUUGUUUUUAUAGAAAAUAUUAAUGUUUAUUUUGUAAGUAAAGACAUACAACACAUGGCA